UUCAUCCCCCUUCCUCUCCCUUCAAACCAAACUCAACAAUCUCAAAAAACCAAAAACCAAAAACCUUCUCAAUCUUUACUUAUUAUCUCUCUGAUCUUCUUGAACUACUUGAAAAACUGUUCCUAAAUUCUGAUACCCUUUUGUAAGCUUUUUCAAAUACAAUCAAAAAAGAAAAAUGGAGAGCUUGUUUCGUCGUGCUGAUCAUGAAGAUUUGUUUAGUCGUCGGUGUAUCUUGGUUAACGGUCCGGUCAUAGUCGGAGCCGGACCUUCCGGUUUAGCCACCGCGGCUGGUCUUAGGGAACAAGGUGUGCCAUUUGUGGUCCUUGAAAGAGCUGAAUGCAUAGCUUCAUUGUGGCAUAAGCGAACCUAUGACAGGCUUAAGCUUCACCUUCCUAAGCAAUUCUGUCAGCUCCCUAAGCUUCCUUUCCCGGAAGAUUUCCCUGAGUACCCGACGAAGAGGCAAUUCAUAGAAUACCUUGAAAACUAUGCCAAACACUUUGAUAUCAACCCCCAGUUCAAUGAGUGCGUUCAAUCCUCUAAGUACGAUGAAACCAGUGGUUUCUGGCGUGUUAAGACCUUUUCCUCAACUGGGUCUAAUCGAACGGAGUUGGAGUACAUGUGCCGGUGGCUCAUCGUCGCUACCGGUGAAAAUGCCGAGUGUGUUAUGCCUGAUAUUGAUGGACUCGGUGAGUUCGGCGGCGAUGUUAUUCACGCUUGUGAGUACAAGUCCGGUGAGAAAUACAGGGGAAAGAAAGUUCUCGUUGUGGGUUGUGGUAAUUCAGGAAUGGAAAUCUCUCUUGACCUUUGCAACCACAAUGCCUCACCAUCAAUGGUGGUUAGGAACUCGGUCCAUGUUUUGCCUAGAGAAAUUUUCGGAAAAUCGACAUUCGAGUUGGCCGUUUUGUUGAUGAAAUGGCUACCCCUCUGGCUGAUAGACAAACUCCUAUUGCUUUCGACAUGGUUACUGCUUGGAAACAUUGAGAAAUUCGGGCUAAAAAGGCCUUCAGUGGGUCCAUUGGAGCUCAAGAACUCCACGGGAAAAACCCCUGUUUUGGAUAUCGGUGCAUUGGAGAGAAUUAGAUCCGGUGAUAUUAAAGUAGUUACUGGAAUCAAGAAAUUCUCUCGCAAUCAAGUCGAGCUCGUUAACGGAGAAAAAUUCGAUAUAGACUCAGUUAUUCUCGCUACUGGCUAUCGCAGCAAUGUCCCUUCUUGGCUUCAGGAAGGUGAAUUUUUCUCAAAGAAUGGAUUUCCAAAAGCACCAUUCCCACAUGGCUGGAAAGGGAAUGCUGGUUUGUAUGCAGUUGGGUUUACAAGGAGAGGGCUCUCUGGUGCAUCCUCAGAUGCCAUGAGAAUAGCACAAGAUAUUGGCAACGUCUGGAAAGAGGAAACCAAGCAGAGAAAAAGAACUAUUGCUUGCCAUAGACGUUGCAUUUCUCAGUUCUAAAAAAUAUUCCCCCCACCAUCCUCCAAAAAAAAGAAAAAAAAAAAGAAAAAAGAAAAAAAAAAACUCUCCUCUUUCAUUGGUGUAAAGCAUAAUGAAAAUACUGUAAAUUACACAAAGAAAAAAAGAAAAAGAAAAAAACCGUAGGCACAGAAGUAGAGCCCUCUCCGGUAAAAAGCCCAAGUUUUGAAAUGUUUUUGGGCAUUUUGUAAACUCAGGAUGAUGAGGCUUUUUUUUCUUUCCCUUUUUUACUUUUUGGAGUUUAUACAGCACUUUUGUAGUACAAAUCAGUGAUUCAAAAAAAAGAAAAAAAAAAAAGAAAAAAAAAGAAAAAUUAAGUUACAGAGUUUACCUUA